CCCAACUCCAACAACAGCAACAAGGACCACAACACCUCUUUCUCUCUCUAGAAGAACUCUCUUUCUCUCUCUCUAGUUCUUGUUUUUUUUUUCCUUUCAGAAAGCAAAGAUUUGAAGGAGACAAAAAAACAAGAGGGGGGGUCAUGGGAAGUAGUUUCUAUGGGAGACCGAACGUGGGAGGAUCUUCUUCGUCUUCGUCGUCGUCUGGGACGAGGAAAGGGAAGAAGAAUGGUUCGGACAAGCCGAAGCAGCCGCAGAGAGGACUGGGCGUUGCUCAGUUGGAGAAGAUCAGAUUACACGGCGAGAUGAGUUGCAACAGCUUCAACAGUUUCCCUUCUUUCCAUCAAUCUCCUUACCCUUCCUCUUUCAACCAGGAGGAUGGAAGGAUGCAAGGAGGAUAUUCCUCUGUGCCGCCAUCAUCAUCAUCAUCACCAUCUUUUUCAUAUGCAUCAUCAUCGCCAUCAACGGCUUAUGGUUUCCAUCCAAGCAUGAUGAUGGGUUUAAGUGAAUAUGAAAGAGCAUCCGUGAGGUACGGAGACUCUCAGCCUCAUACAGCACCAAGUUGGAACCAUGACUAUGGCGUCUUAGAGAGCCAACACUUUGCGCAAUCAAGCAUCAGCAGACACUUCCUAUUUGAGGAUCCUAACUCAACACGAAGAACUAAAUCAAUGGGAUCUAACAGCCAAAAUUCGGGAUCGAGUGACUCGCAAGAGCUAGAUUUGGAGUUGAGAUUGUCACUCUAGUACUGUCUCAUAAGUAAAAACCAUGGAUUAUGAUGCUUUGGCUGUUGUUAUACUUCAAGCAAAUUGAGCAAGCAACAGGUGAUUGAUUGGGUUUAUCUGUCACAUUUCAAAAUAAAAGGGGUAAAAAUGCAAUAUAUAAAUUUGUAAGGGGGGAAAUGUUUGAUUUUGGAAUUUGAGGUGAUGGAAGUGAAGUUUUUUUCUCGUAAAUUUAUCCAUCGAUCCAUAGUUCGAAAGGGUUCUUUGAAAGAAUGAUCAA